GUUUAGAAGUUUGGCGCGGGCAGAUAUCCGGUUGGGACAGGACUGCGUAGAGUGCGAAGAUUUGUUUUUGUAAUAAAAUUGUCUUUAUUGCUAGAGUCAAAGAUCCUCAAGAGACAGUCGCUCUGUUAGGGAAAUGGAGCAGUCGAGUGACAGGUUGUACACAGGCCCGCUGUCCCAGGCAGCUCAGAGGGUCAUGGCUGCUUUGCGAGCCCAGGAUCCUGACAAGGCCAAAUGGAAUCAACAUCCCUCCACUAAUCACAGGCAAAUAGUGCAGAGGUGUAAUAACAGCCAGAGGGAGUUUUGGGCUUUGAGCAGCAGGAGUCAGGUGGAGGGUGAAGGCAUUGAUACACACUGGCCCCAGGUGUCCUCCACUUCCAGAGCUGACCAUAAUCCCUCCACCAACAGGCAGAGCUCUCAGACCUGGGCCUCCUAUCAGUACUCACAGACAACAGAUUGUUCCCUGUCAUCCCAGUCAUCCUCCUGCUGGGAGUCCUCACUCCAAAGUCAGACCUCUCAGACUGUAACCUAUUAUCAGUGCUUGCCGACAUAUUCCCACAGAAGGUGCUCUGAGCCCCCUCCCUCCCCACCCAGCCAAACUGUGUUAUUCUCUCAGCAAGAGGUUCCUGAGAUAGAAGCAUCCCUCUGUCACAGAGACAAACAUGACCUCUCCUUUCAAAUACUGAAUGGGCGUUCUGAAGAUCAGGCCACAACCUGCAGACAAACUGCCAGAAGAGAAAGACCAUUUUUCAUCCUUGAGAAAUUCCCAGAUACAGAAGGUCCUGAUGUGAAGUUGGCUCCCUCAACAGAGCAGCCUAAUCCUGCUGUAGUUUCUCACCUGGUGUCAUCCUGCCCUGAAGAGACAGAUUACAUAUCAGGUGCACAGAAAGACGAGAAAACUACCUGGACCACGUCCAGAAGUAAACCAGAAGACACUUUAGCUUCAGGCGGUCAAUUAAGGUGGAAGCAACAUCUGUCCAACCAAGAUGGAGAGACCACAGAUGGAGCAGAAGAUGGAGGAGAACUUUAUCAGCAGUCAGAGUCUGAAGUCGUCAAAACAAAAAGGUUUGGUGCGUUUCCCACUGGCUUAUGGCCAAACGAUUAUACAAGGACUGAAAUAGCAGAGAGGAAGCACAGAAAAGGUCCACUGGUGCAGUCUGAACCCAUCAACUUUGUCCUGGGAGACAACAGUACUCACAACCUGGAAAGAAUAGUCUUAAUGGAGGAAACAGUGGAAGCUGAAACUGAGAAUAAAACAAAGAUGGGCACCGAUGAAAGUGUUGAGCAUAAGGUGGAGACAUUUCAGCUCCAUUUUUCUGACAUCCAGCCAAGACAGAGACAGUGUGAGACAAACUAUAAAGAAGAAAGAGAGGCUAGAAAACAAAGAGCAGAGAGGAAAGUGCCUGUUGUGCCACUUUUGGACUACGAGGAAAAGAUAAAACCUGCUGAGGUCUCAGAUGGAGAGCGAUAUCUCAUUCCAGCGUCAUCCCAGAGGUGUGGGAAAAGACGGUCAGGGUUCAGAGCUCCCUGUAUCCUUGGCAACCAGCUACACCAUGCUAAUGUUCGAAGAACUAAUAGAAGCAGCAGAGAGACUAAAUCAAGCAUGAUGCUGAUCCCAGCAAGCACCAUUGCUGCAGGACAAGACUCCUCAGCACAGGACUUCAGUUCAGCUGCUGCAACCCCAAACAAGAAGCUGGAAACCAGGAACUUGGCUUCUCGUCAAAGUCAGUUACAUCAUCCCCAUCUGACUCCGAACUUUCUUCGAAAGAGGAAGCAUGAUGUAUUACAACACCAGCAUGCAAACCCUCCUCCCAAAAUCAACCAAACUAGAUAUCCUACAUGGGAGUCAGCAUAUCCUGCUGAGGAGAAGUCAGUAAUGAGUAAGUUGAAGACAGCCAUGCUCAAUUCCUCAUUCCUUGACAAGCCAGCUAUAUCACAGGAAUCACUGACUAGCAUCCAUCCCCAUGAAAGUGAAAAUCAACAAAUUUGGCAAAAUAAAGUGGAAAAACAGUACAACGAAACAGUAAAGGAUCCUUCUAAACAGAUCCCAGAAAGCAAACCAUGCAAGUGCAUGUCAGACAAAUGUAGUACUGACCCAGCCACAAAUGGGCCUGAAGGUUUCCAAAGGGCUAUCACUGAUCUGCAGGCUCAGUCCAAAGGUGUCUGGCUGCCUGGAGCUCUGACCUCAGACACUAGGGUAAAGGAUUCUGGAAAUCUAAGUCAAGAGGAGAGGAUGCAGAUGCUUGAGAAAGCUGGUGAAGUCAAGGUGCUGGUGUUAACUAUGGUGUACCGAGAUGGAACAACACAGUUAGACCCUGAAAAGAAGCUCACUCCACCAGUGUGUGGCCUGUUUGUACUGAUGAAGGGCGAUCCUCUGUGUAGCACACCUGAGGACUCGCUUGGACCAAAUGACAGUCUGAUCUACUUAAAACUAGAGCACACACCUCCAUGGGUGCAGCAGCAAACACACCACACCCAGGAGCUCUUUACAAGAGAUAUGUUUCUACGGAUAUUAUCAAGGUCUCAGUUGCUGGUUUGCUAUAAAGCCAAGGAUUUGCUUUGUACGGCUCUGCAACUGAACAUACAAGAGCUCAGCUGGAAACAAGCAGCAGGCUGUCAGAUCCAGGACCCACAGGUGUCAGGUUGGCUGCUAGAUCCUGCAGAUCCUUCAUCUUGCUUCGAUGAGCUUCUUAACAAACACUGCAAAAGACCCCGUACAGCACCUGCACCGGGUGCAGAAAAGGUUUCUCAGAUCAUCUCAGGUCUCAAUUGGCUCUAUAAGCUUAAUAUGAAUCUAUGUUCUAAACUACAGAGCCAGGGCUUGUGGAGGCUGUACUCAGACAUGGAGCUGAACAUGAUACCUGUUCUGGCAGCCAUGGAGAGCCACCGCAUCCAUGUGGACAAAGAGGCACUAAAGGGGAUGUCAGACCUGCUUGGGACUAAAAUGAAACAGCUGGAGCAGGAGGCCCACCAAGCCGCUGGGCAAAUAUUCCUGGUGACCAGUAACACUCAGCUAAGAGCAGUUUUGUUUGAGAAGCUGCGCCUUCACGAGCGCUGUGAGAACAAGAAGCUUCCAAAGACCUUCAACAAACAACAACAGUCAACAUCAGAAGCUGCAUUGCUGCAGCUCCAGGACCUGCAUCCUCUGCCAAAGAUCAUCCUUGAGUACAGACAGAUUCACAAAAUCAAAUCUACUUUUGUUGACGGGAUCCUCUCAUGCAUGAGGAGCAAGAACUACAUUUCCUCUUCGUGGCAUCAGACAAGUGCUGUAACUGGGAGAAUCUCUGCAAAACACCCAAACUUCCAGGCCCUGCCAAGGCAGCCACUUCACAUCAGAAAGAAGCAGUACAUCCAAGGAAUGGAGGAGGAAGUGGUGACAGUUCAUCCUCGAGCCAUGUUCGUUCCUCAGGAGGGUUGGACUUUUCUUGCUGCAGACUUCUGCCAGGUGGAGCUACGUCUGCUGGCUCACCUGUCCUCCGACCCCGAGCUCCUCCGUAUUUUUACCAACCCGCAGGCUGACGUCUUUACCAUGCUGGCCUCUCGCUGGAAAAGAAUGAAUGUUGGUGAGGUGACCUCUGAGGACAGAGAACAGUCCAAGCGCAUUGUGUAUGCUAUUGUAUACGGAGUAGGUCGUGAGCGCCUGUCAGGGAUCUUGGGGGUGAGCGCUGACCAGGCCAGCCAAUUCCAGGACACCUUCCUCCAGACUUACAUAGAGGUCCACGCGUUCAUCCAGAGAACCAUCCAGCAGAGCCACAAACAAGGUUAUGUGCUAUCUAUCAUGGGUCGUCGCCGGAACCUCCCCAACAUCAACUCUCCAGACUGGGGCGUCCGCACGCAGGCUGAGAGGCAGGCUGUCAACUUUGUUGUGCAGGGUUCUGCUGCUGAUCUCUGUAAAAUGGCUAUGAUCAGGAUCUUUAACCUGGUCUCCUCCUCCAGCUCACUCUCUGCCAGACUUCUAGCCCAGCUCCAUGAUGAGCUUCUUUUUGAAGUGGAAGACUCCCAGGUUGAACAGUUUGCAGUCCUGGUGAGAAGCACCAUGGAGUCCCUUCAACACAUGGACCAUCUAGGAGUGCACCUUAAAGUCCCCCUGAAGGUGGCGGUCUCCAGUGGGAAGUCUUGGGGAUCCAUGUCUGAGCUUAACAUCCCUGCAUUGUCUUUUCCUUAAGAUCAUCCUCUGUCUCCUCACCACUUCUACCUCCACAGCGCCAAUUUCUCAUAUAUAUAUAUAUAUAUAUAUAUAUAUAUAAAUAUGUUUUUUAUUAUUAUUAUUCUUAUAGUAUUCGCCCCCCCUCACCCUCCCUCCUCUGUUCUGAGCUCACCAGGUUUCAUUUCUCAUAGUCCCUCUCUACAUUUCUCCCUUACUGUUCACUUGUCCUGUAUCCAUAUUGCUAUGGAAACCAGGCAGCUGCAGCUCCCCUUGCUUUCACUUCAUCUGUAUCCGGGGGCAACGGCAGGAGCCCAAGACUGGUUUGCACCGGUUCUUUUUUUUUUUUUUUUUUUUUUUCUUACUCUCUCGCGUCAUCCUAUAAAGUACAAAAAAGAAAAAAAUAAUAUUGUUCUCCUCCAUUUUUACACUAUCUUCUUAGGACCGAAAAUGUUUCCCCUUUUCUGUGCCAAGGUGAAGUGUCAUGUUUUAGAGAGGGUUUGUUUCUCAUUGGUUGGUUGUUGGCAUGUUAAUUGAGCUUCUGCAUACCUUAAGUAACAAUAAGUCACUGUUUUACCCUUAAAUUUGUUGUUUUUACACUGUGUAAGUGUAAAUAAAGCUUGUGCAUUAAGUGUGUUGAACC